GUUGAAAACUUAGUCUUACUCUGUAAGGAAAUAUCCCUUCGAUAUAUGAUUGUACUUUCUCGGAAAGACUAUUUUCUCGGAAAGACUUAAGAGCCAUAAUUCGCUGAACAAAAACGUUAAGAAGCACGCCUUCUAAACCAUACACCGUAAGGAUCAUUGAGAAACCUGUAUUAUGACCACAAAGACACCCUGGGCCUAGGGGCUUGCUUCGCGAUCUUUCUAAAGAGAGAUGUCGAGUGUGUCCGGGAAAGUUGAAGAAUCAAAAGGACAAGAUAGGAAAGAUGAACAUAAAAAACGAAGAGCAGAAGGUGAACCAAGCUGGUAUGAAAUAGCUGUCGAUGCAAAUUUUGAGGAGGAAGUAUUAGAAAUUCCAAAAAAUAAGGUGGGACUUGUUAUAGGAAAAAAAGGUUGGAAAAGAGAGGAUAUAAUCUCCCGAAGUGGAAUCUGGGACUUAUUCAUCAAAGAAGACCUGGUUUACAUAAGAGGAACUGCAGAACAGCGCAACAGCGCAAAACAAAUUAUCGAAAAGGUCUUACGUGGAGAAGAUAACCCUGACCAAGGGUCUUGGAGAAAGUUGACCUUCAUACCGGAAGAUUGCAUGGGUAAAGUAAUAGGGAAAAACCGCAUGAAUUUGGACAGAUUUGAAAAAAAGACUAAUUAUGAGGCAAAAUUGAAAGUUUUUGAAAGAAAUAGCUUGUACAUCAAGGGAUCUCCAGAGAGUCAGAGUAUAGCCAUUCGGGACAUUAAGGAAACCGUGAAAAAUUGGAAGAAAAAAUUCGUUGCACGAUUUGUCCAUGUGGACACAGCUUACCUGGAAGAAAGCCAUGAGUUUAAGCUAUCCAUCGUACAACCGUCACCAAAUACCAAUAUGCGGCAGAAGUGUUUUAAACUGGAACUUCUGGACGAUCCUUUAAAAGAGGAAACAACCUCUGGUUUUGGAGACACGGAAAGCCUGAAAAAAAAUAUGCUGGGGAUUUUGAGAGAAAUUCACAAAGAGAAGGAGGAGGAAAUGGUCCUAGUAGAUAUCUGGUGUCAUUUUGGUCACGCCUACCUUAACAAGGUUGAUCAAGAUGAAGAGGAUGACACCUUCACUCUGGAGGAGCUUAAAGAUAGAAUUGAAUCAACGGCUGAUGAUUGUUGGAAGACUUUCUUCUCAGAAGUUGAGACAAUCGAAGUUGAACAGACAGAAACGUCUCUGAAAGAUUGCGCAUGCACAACUAGUGAUGACAUACGAUACGACUUCACCUUCUUCACUCCAUCUGGCUUAGAAAAACGAGUUAAGGUAUGGCUCAUAGAAAAAGAACCCGGGACCGAAGGCGCUUCAACGUCUUCCUUGGGGUUCCGUCGCAGCACUCCACUUCCCGUUAGAAACGCCUUGACACAGGUUUUGCCUAACGAGCAUAGUGGAGAUGCAUCGAACUCACCAAGCUUCCACAUAUGUGAUACAUUUCAUCAAAGAAUGAAACUCGACAUUCUAAUGCCGUCGGCAGGAUUUGAUUGCCGUCUGAAAAUAAGAACAUUUCCAAAGUUUCCAAAAACGACUCCUCAAGCAGACGAAGAGCGCAAAAUUUUUGAAAAAUACCUCAUGAACAUGAAAAUUGAAGAUGGUCAACUGAAUUUCCCACCAAAUUCCGAGCUACCAGAUGGGUUUGACCUAUUCUUUCAGCGCCGCAGCCUUCGUAAGACGUAUCAGUAUGAAUAUGACGGAGACAUGUUUACUUUGACUGUUUGCAAAGACCAGUCAAAAGCAGUGAAUCCCGACCAGACUGAUGCGUACAAUUUCAAUGAAUCAAAAGCGAAGCCAGAUGUUCAUCUCCACUGUGAAGAAUGGGACCAAGUACUAAAUGAAGGAAACUGGGAACCAGAGCAGAUUACUGCUAAGCUUCCUAAAUUUUUACGGUUUCUAAGGAAAGUUCAGAGAAAUGUUGCCCCACAGUAAUAGCGAGUGACGGGUGAUUUCAGCGAAGAACAAGCCCUAUAGACCCCCACCCCCCUCAAGAUACGUCACAGCAAGAUGCGUCUGUUUGGUGUGUUUCCUAACCUGUUUGUCCUCCAAGUUAAACAGGAAGGUUGAUCAGCCAUUUCAAGACAUAAGUUUCUAGAACAAUUUUAGAUGGACUUCUACCAUGUAUGGUCUGUUCUCUAAGAUGAUAAUUUUGUUUGUAGUGUAAACUAAGGGUAAAUAAACGCGUUUUUGCUCUAAA